AUGCAUUCUGUUAAUAUAAACUAAGCGGUUUUUGAUAGAAUCACUUAAGAAAGGCCAUAGAAAAUAGGAAGAUUAUAGAAAUGGAUUAAUUAUAUAAGUUGGAGCAGAGAGUCUGAGGAACCUAAAAAGUUAGGAAAUUUGACAUUUGCUUUAAUUGUUAUUAUUAUUAUAUCUAUUUUAAAUGGAGUAUUAAAAAGUAACAUUCAAAUGACAAUAAACGGCAUCCAUAACUGCUUGCAUUUAUUUUCAUUUAUUUUUUCUAUGUAUGCCCUUAUGAAAGCUAAAAAAAAUUCUAACAUGCAUUAUACCUAUGGAUACACUAGAUACGAAACUAUUGCUGCUUUUAGCAAUUGCAUUUUUUUGAUACUCUCAUCAUUGUUUUUAGUUAUCAGUAGUUUACACUAUUUAACUCACGAUGAAGACCACUCAAGCUCUGCUGCCUAAAAUAUAACUGACGGAGAGAAGGCUCAUACAGAAGCAAGUCAACACGAGGAUGAAUCUGGUCCUCUAAUCAUAUUUUAUGUCAAAAUAAUUUUCAAUUUAGUUGGCAUUUAUUCUUUCAGUGAAUACGCUUUAUUUGCUCCUUUAGAAGAAUUCUAAGAUAUUGGAGCUUCCACGUAAAAAUAUGCUUAUUCGGGAGUUAACGAAUCAACAUACAAAAAUUACUCCUUCAAAUAUGAGAAGUUCUAUCGCUAUUUAUCUUAAAAUAGUCAUCACUUCACAGAUGAAUCCCAUCCUAAACCUCUUAAUGCCCACCCUCAUUCUUCCAAACUACAUUUUACAAGCCAUUAUGAAAACAUGCAUAGCAUAUUCCUUCAUUUUUUCAUAGACUUCCUCUUUAAUUUUAGUACUCUUGCAUGCCAUUACUUAAUGAAUUUAGAUUUCCAUGAAGCUGCUAUACUCCUUCCCUUAAUAAUUAUGAUAAUUACUAUUAUUUUCACUAAAAAACUUUUGGUUAUCACCUUCAAAAUUCUCCUUCAAGCUCUCCCAAUAGAUGAUGAAAUUAAUGUGAAAUAAAUGAUAUAGGAAAUAACUUCGAUAAAUGGAGUUGUUGAAGUGCCUUAGCAACAUUUCUGGGGUAUGACAGCUGGCUACUUGGUUGCCAACGUCACUGUUAAGAUAAGAAAAAGCUCAAAUUCAGAAGAGAUCUACUAAGCCAUUCAUACUAUAUUAUCUAAAAAGUUUUAUAGUAUUUGCAUACAGAUCGAAGAAAGCAAGACAGAAUAUUGA